AUGGAAACACCAACUGGUUUAAAAAUGGUUAUGAACACCGAUCCAUCAGCAGUUGGAAUACCGGAACUUAUACGGGCAAUCUAUCAGGUUCGUCCUAUUCCGCUACAGCUGUUUCCAUUUCAGAUUUAUGUGGACACCGUAAUGAAAAAUCCGUUGAUUGAUACUUCCACACAAAUCUCCAGUGAUCUCUUUGCAAGUCGGGUUGAUCAAAUCGUUUGUGGUCACUCAUCCUACAUUUGA